UUGUGGAGCUGGGAAAGCUCCUGUGAGGGCUAAGAAGAUUCAUCAUCUACAAUGGAGGGAGAAUCGCUUGCUGUAAAAGUGGCGCUCAAUAUCAGACCACUUAUUGUGCAAGAGCGGAUCGAGGGUUGCAGGGAAUGCAUCACUGUGCUACCUGGAGAACCUCAGGUCCAUCUGGGGCAAAACCACACGUUUACUUUCGACCAUGUAUAUGGUAGUACUGGCACGAACCAGAGGGAGUUGUUUGGCGAUUGUGUGCUUCCGCUUGUCGAGGGCCUUUUUCAAGGCUACAAUGCGACUGUACUUGCAUAUGGCCAGACUGGCUCCGGGAAGACUUACACGAUGGGAAGCGGAUACUCAGGGGACAAUGCAGAUGCAAUCAUUCCUAAGGUUAUGCAGACUAUUUUUCAAAAGGUGGAAGAGCUCCAAGAGAAAUCAGAGAUCACAAUCAAAGUGUCCUACAUAGAGAUUCACAAAGAGGAUAUCCGGGAUCUGCUCGAUAGCAACCUACCUGCCCUGGCCAAUGGAGCGAACGGGAACGGUAAUGGUCACAAGCGGGAUCGGGAUGUCGUUGCCGCUCCACAGAAGCCGUCCAUAACUAUCCGAGAGACCUUGGGUGGCGGAAUAACUCUGGCGAAUGUGAUUGAAGCUGAGGUUCGAUCCCUUAACGACAUGGCCUUGUAUCUAGAGCAAGGCUCCUUAUCGCGGUCGACGGGGAGCACAGUCAUGAACUCCAAUUCGAGUCGCUCACAUGCGAUUUUCACCAUUACGAUCGAGCAAAAGCGUAAAGUGCCUGCGGCGUCAAUGACGAUGUUAGACGGUAUGACGGUGAAUGGCGGGACCUCGGAGAAGCAGGAAGAUGCGGAGGGUGAGCCGGCAGCUACCGUGGAUGCGGCAACGGAAGUAGAUGACCUUGGCGGGGAUUCGCUAACGGCCAAGCUCCAUCUGGUCGAUCUUGCUGGUUCCGAGAGAAUAAAGAGAACGAAUGCCGUUGGUCAGAGAAUGCAAGAAGGGAUUCACAUUAAUAAGGGGCUCCUUGCGCUUGGUAAUGUUAUUUGUGCGCUUUGCGAUGACAAGAAACGGGGAGCGCAUGUGCCCUACCGGGACAGCAAGCUGACGAGGCUCCUGCAGGAUUCUCUCGGUGGAAACAGCAGGACAGUUAUGAUAGCUUGCGUCAGUCCGGCUGAUGUCAAUCUGGACGAGACCCUGAACACUCUCAAGUAUGCCAACCGUGCCCGUAACAUCCGCAACAAACCCAUGGUUAAUCGCAACCCAUCUUCCGCUGAGCUGGUUCGUCUCAGGUCGCAAAACGAGAUGCUAAUGCUUCAAUUGCAGUGCCUCCGAGAAGCGUCCAGUGGAGAAGAUGUGCAGAGCUUGCGCAUCCAGAAUAUAGGGCUCGAAGCUGAGCUGCAGCAAGUCAAGCGGGAGCUUGCCGAGGUCAAGGAGAGCCUGACAACGGAGAGAAAGAAAGUUGUCGAAGCACAGGCAGAACGCGACCGUUACAAAAUCAAGUUUGGGGCCGUGCUAAGUGGAAAGUCUGCCGAAGAGGCGGAAGAGGUUGCCAGUUCGACUUUGGUAGAUGGGUACCUCAAGGAGAUCCAGGUGCUAACUGAAAAGAAUGAGGCGUUGAUGAAGCAACUCCAGUUUGCAAGCUUGAUGUACCCUGUGUCUUCGGCCACUGGGUCUUUUGUCCCUGCAAGUCCGGGUGACAUGGGGCUGGAGGGAACUGCUGGAGAAGGUGUUGCCAUGCCGGGCAGCCCUCUCCUUGGCACAGUGGAUAGCGAUAACAUAUCCGAAAGGGAGAAUGAAGUGAAUGCUAUUUCUAAGGCGAUGGAGGAGCAGUACGUGCUGGCUGAAUGUCGCAUGAAAAGGGAGAUGGAAGAACUCGACACUAAUCUGCAACAGAAAGAGGAAAUGAUGAAGAAGAUGGCAGAUGAUCGUCUUGUGACUGUCCGGCAACAUUAUGAGAAGGUUGUUGCUGAGAUGGAAGAAGAGCGGCGUAAUCUUCAGGCUGAGCGGGAUGCACUUGCCAAGGCGCUGGAGACAAAUGCAAGCUCAACGGAUGAUGACCACCGUAAGGUGGUCGAACAUCAGCAGGCGAAAUUGCGGGAAUUGGAGCAAAACCUGCUCGAGUUGAAGAAGAAGCAAGCACAGAGUAAACAAGCUUUGAGGCAGAAGCAGCGUGUGGAAGAGGAGUCCAGGAAGCUGCAAGAAGAAAUCCAGAAGAUCAAAUAUCAAAAGGUGCAAUUGCAGCGGAAGAUGAAGCAAGAAGCUGAUCAGUUCCAAGCUUGGAAGGCUAGCAAGGAGAAGGAACUGCUGCAAGCGAAGCGGAUGGGCCGGAAGAAUGAGUUUGAGCUAAACAAAGUCAGGCUUCUCAGCCAGCGGCAGCAGAAGGUGCUUCACCGAAAGAACGAAGAGCAUGCUGCCAUGAUUAAGCGCCUGAAGGAGCUUCUUGCUAUUCGAAAGGCGAAUCCACGUGAGCAUCAAGCAAAUGGUGGAGGGCCCUCUUCAAAUGGACAGAGUGAGCGUCAGCUGCGUGAAUGGAUCGAGCGAGAAAUUGAGCUUCAUUUGAGGGUUCACGAAGUUACCAAAGCUCGAGCUGAAGAAAUGAACAGGAGGAAAGAUCUUGGUAUGAAACUGGAGGCACUGGAAGCAAAGAAGAGGGAGUAUGAGAAUGGAUGCGGUAAUGCUGAUGGCCAGGAUGGUACUCCGGCGAAGAUCUAUCCUGGAUACUCGCCAAAGCGUGUGGCUGCAGAAAUAGCUGUCAUGAAGGCAGAGAUUGCACGGCGAUCUGAUAACAUCCGAGAAUUCCAGGCCCAGCUUCUCAGUGUCAACGAGGCUGGAAAGGGCAUGGUACUGGAUGGUGCCAGUGCCAAAGAGAGAUGGCAACAUAUCAAGAACAUGCUGGAGGCUCGAUACCUUCUGACUCACCUAUUCCAGUGCACGACCAGCGCAAGAUGUGAGAAGGCGGACCUGGAAGCAGAGCUGGAGGCAGCGAGGUAUAAAUCAGAGGAGUUCAGGCUAAGCCUUCAGCAGAGCGAAGCCAUUCGAGCCCAAUUGGAAAGGCAAAUCAAUCAUAAUGGUUUAUUGGCAACGAUGCCUAUGCUUCAUCGUGGCCGGCUUUCACCUCUCUCUCCUUCCAAGAUUCUUGGAAGCCCAGCGGAAACGGACCGGGGUCUCGACGAACCCAGCUCAGUAGCACGGGAUCCUGACUGGUUCCCAACCGAGGUGGAGGCAAGCAGGGCUGUUGAGAAGGGGCUGUCUAGCCCCUCAGCUUGUGAGAUCGAGCAUGGAUAUCGACCCCGCCGAAGGUUCAGGAAUCGGAACAGCUUCAGACCAAACCGACUAAAGAAUUUUAUUGAAGAUCAGUCCCCUCUCCCCCCAUCAACCCUUCCCAGUCACAACACGAUGCUCUCAGAGGGAGAGCCUAUAUCCUCUGGGCUGCCGGUGACUGUGACGACAAGAGAAGGUGAACAUGACUAUCCGGCUCCUGAGACCCUGGACACAACUGAUGAAGCGGGUCCUUCUGACCCACCAAAGAAAUGUAGAUGCCAAGGGAAGUGCAUCAGCAUGAAACACUGUUCCUGCAGGGGUGCAGGGAUGCAGUGCGAUCAGUCGUGUGGCUGUAGAUCAUCAAAAUGCAGUAACAGGCCUGGCAAAGCGGGGGGCGCUGUGCACGAUGAGGAUGAUUUUACGAUAGAUCCAGCAGCGAGGAAGGAAGCAGUCAGGCAAGAGAUGCAGUCGGCUUGGGAUAUAUUGCAAAGCGACUGCAUUGGCAGCGAGGAAAAGAAAGCGGAGGAGACGAGCAGCGGAAAGGUGUACAGGCGAAAAGGGGGAAGGCGGAGAAGCAGGGGUCAUGCUGGCCGCGAGGACGUGGACAGAGCUAAGGAAGUCCUCGGUCACCAUCUACGGGAGAUGGGUAGGAUGGUGGAAGUUCUCGAUGAAUUUCCAACAGAGGUUGAUGCCCCUGUACAGGCGGGAGACGGAGGUGUCGUGGCAGAACAAGCUCGGAGGCCACUGACUGAUAUUGGCAACAUUGCUAAAGACCGGCCUGCGCGCUCUGGUGGGAAGAGGAAGAAAGGUCCAAAAAUUGCUGUGAUCGAUGCCGAACUGAUGGAACGAGUACAACCCAGUCAGGCACAAGACCUUGCUGCGGCUGGCCAGCAGAGUCCAGCAACUGUGCGUACUCCGGAUGGGGAUACAUCAGGUGCCGAUACGCGGAGGAAAGGAAAGGUUGAAGAUGAUUGCCAGCCAAGUACGAGUGGAAUUAACCGCAGAAGGGGCGGCAACUUCAAGGGCAGGGAGAGGACCAACGGUGGAGGGGAAGGGGAAGCCAUCGGAGCCAGCGGGAGCGCUGGUAGUGGGGUACGACCAGCCCAGAGGCAUCCUUCUGUAAGUCCACUGAGGGCCCACGUUGGCAGAACAAAUGCUCUAGUCAGUGGGUCAUCAAUCGGCCAUAUUGCGGAUAAGACAGCCGAGGGAACUGAUGUGGCAAGCCCUGUUGAAGUACAGCCUGCGGUGUCGCAUGGUCGUAACGGUGGUGGACAUGGUGGUCAUGGUAAUGCAGGGAGGGGAGCGCAUAGCAGGGGUGGCGGCAAUGGAGCGGGCAGAAGGCGGGACACCCCACAUGAUGAUACAAACAAGGAGAAUCAUGGUGUGUAGUUUAUAUAUGGUGCCAGCCUGAGAUUUGAGGAGUUCCCCUGGCCGUUCUUUUUCAACAAUGGCUUUCUUCGACAGCCUUCAUCCAACUCUCCGUCGACUCCUGCUCCCUUUUUAUAUUUUCGUUCGAUAACUACAUUGAUGCGUGGUCCCCUUUAUCCUUUCCCCAUUCCUCCCCACCUGCUGUAUCCUGAAACACCCGAUUUUCUGGAGUUAGCUCGUCAUGCCCUCUCCUCUUCCUGCCCCCAACAUCCGACCACUCCUGAGAACCUGAGUUCCCCAGUG